ACACAUGAACCGUCGGUUGAUUUCACUGUGAGAUGCAUUUUUAUUUUGAUUAACGUUAGUUUGGACUUAUUUAAUAUUACUUGUUUAAUAUGCUCGAUUCGUUUUUAUUCAGUCGAAAUUGAAUCGGAAAUAUCUGUUCUGAUGCAUAGUAGGCGAAAUAUGUGAGUGAAAGAUUAUAUCGAAAUAGGUUUUUCAGAAAGAAGACGGAAGAGCCUAUACAUUGAUUGCUCCACGUCGACCUUCCUAAUCAUUUUCGAUUUAAGGUGGCUAUAUGUCAUGAAUACAACAUGCGAACAGCGUUUAUAAAACAAGUGAAAAGAUUUCCGUGGGUUACCAAUGUAACCCUUUAUGGAUGCUUGUUCGCUGGUGGAGAUUUGGUUCACCAAUUGACUCGAGAAGGAGAAAUGGACUGGAGUCAGACAAGGAAUGUAGCUGUGGUCGCUUUCAGUUUCCAUGGCAACUUUAACUUCUUCUGGAUGAGGUUUUUGGAGCGGAGAUUUCCCGGUAAUACUGUGGGUAUGGUUGUACGUAAACUUUCCCUGGAUCAGACCGCCGCGGCUCCGCUGGCCACCAGUGUAUUUUACACAGGGGUGAGUUUAUUGGAGGGCAAGGAGGACAUUUUUCAGGACUGGAGGGAGAAAUUCUUGAAUACAUAUAAGACAGGACUGAUGUUCUGGCCUUUCAUGCAGUUCCUGAACUUCUCCCUGGUACCCCUGUAUUUGCGGACCACCUUCACUGGGUGUUGUGCCUUCGUCUGGGCCACCUUCCUCUGCUUCUCACGGCAAAGUGGGGACGGCACCGCCUCCGCCGCCCUCGCAUGGAUGUUAACCCCCAAACAGGACGCUACGGGGACAGAAGAAGGGACACUGGCACCCAAAGUAGACGCCAAGCCGGGAGGAGACCCGUAGCGACAGCAAAAGUGAUGCCAAAGGGGAGACCCGCACAUCCGCUGUUAAGCAGCGCAGCCAGGCGCACACAGAGGCAACAGCCGAUCAUUUCAAUGCUCAUAUAAACAAACUCCAAACAAAAAGCACAGAUAAGCGCUUACUCAAAAUGAAACUCUGGUAGAUUUUGUUUUUAGGUCCUAGUAUGUAAUCAUCAGAUAGAGAUUCCAUUAUGGAACUGUGUUUUGGUAACAUUUAUUUAUGAAUAUUUAAUACUAUUUUAAAUUGUCUUGUCUUGAAAUGUAUCAAUGACAUUUUGAUGUCAUCUAAUACACAAGGUGUGGUAUGGUAUUGUUACAAAGUUGCUUUAUAUUAAUUCAACUGUAAUUGAUCUCCAUUGGGUCCAGCCUUGUUAACUAACCAUACUUGAAGUGCUUGUACUUAUUGAUCUUUUUUGUCUUCCUGUCUGCCCUCCUCCCUCUGGGGAUGUACUGUGGGGCUGGGGUGGGGCUGGUUCUGCAAUGGGUUGUUUGAAUCUUUUCAGGAGGGUUUUGCGUCAACCGGCACACACGGCCUGUCAGGAGUGUGUGUUAUUAAAUCACAUUGCACCCUAUAUCAUGACAUUUAAGAAUGAAUGUUGAUCUAGUGUGAGGUCAUGACCCUGUCUUAAAAUUCGUAAUAAUCUCUCCUCUCUCUCUCCCCCUCUCUUUUUUUGAUAUGUGCUUUAAACAUUUUAGUUUUUGAAACUUGUGGCUUUUGUUGAGCAGUAAACAGUUACUAUCAAAGAUAUUGUAAAAGUAGUGUGUUGCGUAGUUGACAUUUUCUACCCUGAAGUCGGUAAGCAUGAUUAUCGUUUGUGAUCAGCUUAAUAUUGCAUUGGGAUGGCAGUACAGGUGUCCAGACCGCUAAACAACAGGUGGAAAAGAUGGAUAUAGAAAAUGGUAAUGAUAAGGCAUGAUAUUAAAAUCUUACUAAAUUAUAUGAAUAUAUUGUUGCACACAAAGUCAUUCUAAUUUGAUGGUUUUACUAACACUGCCUGGGAUCGAAUCCAGUUAAAUGUGAAAAAAUAAAAUAAUAAUACAAGCUAGUAUUCACCUUUUAAUCUUUGUACGCAGUCUAUAUUAUGUACAUCAAAACAUUUUCUAGUGAAGGUGAUUAUAAUACAAUUUCUGGUGAAGCUCAUUAUACUGGUUCAUUAUCUGGGAUACACGGACAUCCUAGCAACGGCCUAUAGCUCAACCACUCGCUAAUGAGUCAUCACUUCAAAGCCACACAAAACAGGCUGUGGACCACCUGCGCUUGCUAUUCUCAGUUUCAAUGCAUAGCUACAGGGCAUUUGAAACUCACCCGUUUUAAUUAUUGUUAUUUAGAGAGUGACAAAAGCAGCUAUAGCUAUUAAUCUACUCAGAUUAUACUGCCUACUUCUGUACGAAACCUUUUCAGCAUGUAUGAAAAAAGCCAUAUUAGAACUUUGUUGCUACUUAAUGGCGGAUUUAGGCUAUUUUAUCUAAGAAAUAAUCGUCGGGAAAAAAGUACACAGAAUUUUUUUUACAAAAAUGUAUUUUAC